CAGGUUGGAGAGAUCACAAAGAUCAUGAAAGCCUACAUAAACAUGAUCGUGAAGAAACGCUGCAGCGUGAAGUCGGUGUCCAGUUAUGGAGCCAGCUGGAUCAGGUGAUCGAUGCUACAGGACACUUAAUGUACUCGGUUACAGUCCACCUGACAGCAAAGAAGCAAGCAUGGAGGAUGAGUUAGACUUCUUGAAACAAAAGGAGGAACAGUCAUGCAUCUGAAACCCUUAUUAUCUCUCAAAGUGUGGCCUCCCUCCAAACAUGGUCACAUUAGUUACACUGGUCUUCUCUGUCAUCUGGCUUGAAAUGUGCUUCAGGUAUCUGAUAUGCCUUUUUUAUAUUAAAAGAAAAGAUAUAACGCAUCACAAUUCAAACAGACAUCCACAUCUGAGUUAGGACUUUUUUAACUCCCAAAAGUGAGAAACUUUUUUGUCACCAUACAUCCAAACAAUAGGGGUAGGUUUUUUAGGUUGCCAUGAUAAACAUGUUCUUUUUCAGUUUGUAGUUCUUACACAUGUCGUCCCCCAUUGUUCUAAAUGUCCUCCUGGUUGGAGAUCCCCUCAGGUUUCUGUGUAAUAGGAAUUGUCCGAGGGAGAUAAUCUUCCAAAUCUUGCCUUAUUGAAGUGUUUAUUUGAGCUCUUCUGUACAUUCAGUGCAGAUGCUGCCUUUCAUGAAUGGAAUAUACUUGUUUGGUAUCUCGGUACUUACUGCUUCCUCUGGUACCAUUAAAUCACAUCACUACGUUGAAAACAGAAAAACUUGCCUCUUAGAAGUCAAAUAAAUGCAUCUAACAAAAAAAGCUGAUGUUAAUAACCACUGCAUCUGGGGAAAAUGCAAUGUCAACUAUGUUAGAAUAAGUCCUUUGUGUAAAGCUUUUUGAUUGUGUGCUGACUCGGCGGUAUGUCUUUGAAACAAAGGAUUCAGGAUGUGAUAUUAGAAAUGAGUGACUAUAGGGUUUGUUCAUUACGUCUGUGUCUGACGAUUGUUUUACUGUGUGUAUUUCAGUGAUGUCAAAGGCCAUGUGAGGGUGGGGUAUUUAUUUAUUGAAGUAUAAAUGGCAUCAAGCAGACUGAGCAAAUGAACGGCCUGCUGGAAAUGUACUGGUUUAGUUUUCCCAGUUCAUUUUAUUUCUUUAUUUGUGCAUUCAGGGGCACAGAAAUGUAUUUCAGAAAUGUAUUGUUUAAAAGUAUACUGUGCUGUUUCUCCAUUUUGUGAUUUGCUUUUGUCAACAUCAAAGUGUGUUGAGCCCGACAGCAAACCUCGCCAACUCCCUUUAAAACGUCGCUGUGGUCCAGUGUAAAUAAACAGAACGGACUGAAGCCGACACCAGUCAACUGACAGUACAGUUCAUGACAACAGUAUGAUCCAGACAUAAUGAGCUUAGUGUUUACCUCGCAUCGCGUCACUGUCUUCCAUUGCUCUUCAAUCGUACUCACUGAGGCAAUCUGGUUAGCUGCCGGCGGCCAAACCAGAGGCUUUGAUGUUGCUGUGACGAUGACUGUAUUUCUGAGAUUUCUGAUUGUUUUGACAAAGAAAAAUCAGAAUUUGUUUUAUAUCAAAAUUCAAAGAUGUUUUAAUAAAUUAUUGUAUUUCAAAA